CGCUCAAAAUGUCAAAUAUUAUUUAUUCUUAUUUUUAUAAAUAAUAAUUAUAAUAUAUUAAAUAAUAAUUUUAAAUAAAAUAUAGUAAAAAAUGACUAGCUUUCACAAAGCUUCGUCUUUAAACGCGAGUCUUGAAGGUACAAAAUUAAAAAAUAACCUCGCUUACGUUUCCACGGGAAUACCGUCCUUGGAUUUUAUUAUUGGUGGUGGGUUGCCUGCCGGUAGUGUGUUUCUUGUAGAAGAAGAUGUGCUAGGCAGUUAUAGUAGAGUGCUUACGAAAUACUUCCUUGCUGAAGGUGUGGUUUGUAAACAUGACUUAUUUAUUGCAUCUGCUGAUGAAAGCCCCGAAAAUAUAGUUAAAGAAUUACCCCAACCAUGUACAGUCUCAAAUGAAAAGCCUAAUCGUGAUAGUAGUGGAGAGAUGAAAAUAGCAUGGAGAUAUGAGGGCUUGGGACAAGUGGAGUCAUCAUUUGGAAGCAACACUAACUUUGGCCACCAUUUUGAUCUCAGCAAGCAUAUUGAUGAAGAUACUAUCAGAAAUUGUAAUAUAACUUAUUGUCAUUUACUACAAAAUGAUGAAAAAGUUAAUGGUUUCAAGAAUAAUCUGUAUCAUAAUCUAUUAACAAACAUUAAAAAAGCUCUGUCUAAAGAAGAGUAUAUGAGUAAUAGCAAAAAUAAAAACAUUCUCCGUUUGAGCAUACAAGCUCUUGGGUCUCCUAUUUGGAUGACUAUGGAUUAUGAUGACACACAGAGUGGCUACGGACAAGAUCUGAUAAAGUUUUUGUAUUGUUUGAGAAUGCUUGUGAGAGACACAAAUGCAGUUGCAUUUAUAACUGUUCCUUCACAUUUGUUUGAUGAUGAACACUUGAUAAAAAGAAUAUUAUACUCUGUUGAUAAUGCUGUUAGAAUAGAAUCAUUUGCUGGCUCAAGCAAAGAAACAAAUCCAGUGUACAAUGAAUAUCAUGGACUGUUCUAUAUAACAAAACUCUCUGCACUGUACACACUUGUGCCUUUUGUGCCUCCAAGUCUGGAUCUAGCAUUCAAGUUAAGAAGGAAAAAGUUUGUCAUAGAGAAACUACAUUUGCCUCCAGAGCUUCAAGAAUCAAGUGAACGCGAACAAGAUGAUAUAACUGCUAUCCCAAAAACUUGCGGUGGAUAUAAGAAAAUGGAUAUCGAUUUCUAAAAUGAAAUUAUGUUAAUGUUAUAUUUUGUGAUACAAUCAUUAAAGUAUGUGGUAUAUUUUUAAAACAA